CCCCCUGUCACGUUUGUAGUUACCACCGCACCAUCUAAGCUUCACUUCCUCAUCACGCGCUCUUUGUCAACUGUUUUCGUUCACGUCCGCAUGACUAAGGAGUGUUUACAUCCAGAAACACACAACCUGACCUGAAAGAGACGAGCGACUCAAACCCCCAGGGUCUUCAUCAAGAAGGGAGAGCCGUGAACAGGCAUCUGUAGAAGAUCAAACUCUUGAUCUGACGGAAAAAGUCAAUGAAGGCAAGAACAUUUUCUUGACAGUUCUUAUUGGUUGUAGAGAUGCAGCAUCCCAAUUUUGAAACCAGACACCCCUUGCAAGCAGAUGAUCAAGAAACAGGCAUUGAUCCUCUCCAAAAUUACAUUCAGAACAUAGAUGGUGGAUCAGUCAACAACAGAGGAACAGUAACCCCUUCCGAGUCUGAAGGUACAUGCAUCUCCUACAGAAAAGAAUGGGAAGAAUUAUUUUUAAACAGUAAUUACCUGGCUAGAAUCCGACAGAAAGGGCUUAAUGGCCAGCUGAGGAGCAGCAGGUACCGCAGUGUUUGCUGGAAGCUUUAUCUUGAUGUUCUUCCUGAAGACAAAAGCCAGUGGAUAAAUAAGACAGUGGAGUUGAGAGCCCAGUAUGAUAGGAUAAAACAAACUCAUAUAAUCAACCCUCGAAAGGCUGCUGGAAAGCAUGACUUGGUUGUGAACAAUCCACUGUCUCAGGAUGAGGGGAGCCUUUGGAACAAAUUCUUCCAAGAUAAAGAACUGAGGGGGAUGGUUCACCAAGACGUCAUGAGAACGUUUCCUGAAAUGCAGUAUUUCCAGCAAGAAAGUGUUCGAGACAUGCUUACAGACAUUCUGUUCUGUUAUGCUCGUGAAAAUGAACAGUUGCUUUAUAAGCAGGGCAUGCAUGAACUGCUAGCUCCCAUUGUCUUCAUCCUACAUUGUGACCACCAAGCCUUUAAACAUGCCAGUGAAACUGGAAACCCAAGUGAGGAAAUGAAAGCCCUUUUAAACCCUGACUUUCACGAACAUGAUGCCUAUGCAAUGUUCUCACAGAUUAUGGAAACUGCUGAACCAUGGUUUUCAAAUUUUGAGCGUGAAGUUCGAAGGGGAAGGGACGAGAUGAUAACAAGCAUACCCUUUGCCAGGCCACAAGACACAGGGCCCUCUGUUGCAAUUGUAACAAAAAUUAAUCGGAUUCAGGACCAGCUGCUGAAGAAACAUGACAUUGAACUCUACAUGCACCUAAACAGGCUAGAAAUAGCUCCACAGAUUUACGGAAUCCGCUGGGUCAGGCUGCUGUUCGGACGAGAGUUUUCUCUUCAGGACCUCCUGGUUGUCUGGGAUGCUUUGUUCGCAGACAGCAUCACCUUGGAUUUAGUCGACUACAUUUUUGUAGCCAUGCUGCUAUACAUCAGAGAUGCUUUGAUCGCUAGUAACUACCAGACCUGCCUGGGACUGCUCAUGCACUAUCCACCUAUUGGGGAUAUACAUGCCCUCCUCCACAAAGCCCUCUUCCUUCGGGAUCCAAAGAACAACCUUCGACCAGUGAACUACCAGUUUCAACAGAAUUUAGACUACUACAAAACCCGUGGAGCAGACCUGAUGAAUAAAACUCGUGCCAAGGCUGCUCCGCUCAACAUUAACAAGGUAUCAAGCAGUCUGCUGAAUUUUGGCCGGAAGCUGAUCGCCCCUGCUAUUUCAGUCAAUCCAAGUAGUGCAGUCCCUAUCAACAGUGAUGUCAGCGCUGCUCCCCUAGCAGUAACAAGGUCCCUGACUGAAACCUCCCAAAUACAGCAGGAGCAGCAGCAGCAACAUCAUCCGCAGCAACAUCAUCCACAGCAGACACAGCAGAACAGGCUUUUGAAAUCCGAAAGCAUGCCUGUGCAGCUCAGCAAAGAUGUAGUUACAGGUGGCGGUGCUUGGGUCUCUAUUCCUGUCCAGACUGUAACUGACAUCCAAGGCCAAGGUUCCAGGAAUGUCAGCUCAUCCCCCAGUGCAGAGAGUUUACCAGUCGGGAGGGAGCAUUCAGCAUCUCCGCCUUUAUCUGUGACAAAGAAGGACUCCUUAUUCAACAUCUCUCGCUCCCGCUCUCACAGCAAAACCAUGGGCAAAAAAGAAUCUGAGGAGGACCUGGAGGGCCAGAUCUCAUUUCUUCAAGGGCAGCUCAAUGACCUGGAAGCCAUGUCAAAGUACUGUGCUAAGAUGAUGAAUGUACACAUCGGCAAAAUACAGGAUGUCAUUUUGCAGGAACAUUUGGAAAAGGAGGAUGAAGUUCUGGUCUCGCUAGCUGGACUUAAACAGAUAAAAGACAUUUUAAAAGGCUCCCUGCGUUUUAACCAGAGCCUGCUAGAGGCUGAGGAGAAUGAGGAGAUCACAAUCGCCGAUGAUCACUACUGCUCCAGCCGUCACAGUGGAGGAGGAGGCAGAUGUGGACACAAGCACACGGACAAGGAAGCCUUUCUUACUCUCAGACCACAACAGGCCGAUUCUGAGACAUCCCUGAACUCGGAGGGCAGAAAUUCAGACGAUUACAUUCUGGUAUCGCAAGAGGACGAUGUGGAACAGGAGCAGUGUGAGAAGCCAGACGAUGCUGUCUGUAAUCCGGAGUAUCCAGAUUUACCUAAGGGGCACAAGGUGGCCCUGAAACCUGAAAAAGAGGCCCUUCGUGCUGCUGUUUGCUCUGACCCGCUGAUGGGGGCCGUUUCAGGCUCUUCCAGCACGUCCGGUUCCAGCCCUGAGGAUGACAGCAGUAAUAGCAAGGACUCUGACUUUACUAUAGUCAACCCAACAGACCUCUGAGCCAGUGCAAUCUGAAACAAACAGGCAUGUUUGCAGAUGCAUUAAUGCUGUGAAUCAUCUUGUUACCCUUCUCUGUUUCUUCUUUCUCUUCUCAGCAUGCUACUAUUUUCCAUCUGUCAGCAUCAAACUGCUUUCCUUUACUGUCCUGGAGGAUAGCAAACAAUACAUAUUUAUCCCAAAUUUGAUUUUAUUUGCUUUCAUGUGAGUUUUUAGCUAUUAAAAUUGCUCCUGCCUGAAUCUGUCUACUAUUUCAACUUCUGCUACGAGGGCUGGGUCUUUGCAAGACAUUUGCUGACUGCAUUUUCAGGGUUAUAUGUUAGUAAAAAGUGGGGGGGGGGGGGGUAUAAAUGUUUUUUUUUCAAUAAAAGUAAAUACUUAAGAAUGUACAACAGCAUACAACGUCCACCCUUGUAACACUUGUGUGCAGGUACCCUCUGUAAUCAGGACUAAUCAGGACUAAUUUUGCGUAUUAGUCUCUUACCUCCCUGUACAUAUUGACCAAAUGGCCUUUCUACACCUUGUGACCAAAUCCCAGGCCAACCAGAUUACUGCCCAUAUUGCAAACAUUGUAGAUCAAACACAGGCCGCUGUCAUAAACAUGUUCUUAGAGCCCACGCCACUGUACUGUACUACAUUCAGUCCAGGAGUUUUGUGUUGGAGGCUAGAUAUAGCUCAUAGUUGAAUCACAGCCAGCUGACUCCUGCUUGCCUGAGGCUGAACUUAGAACUAUAUAGUAAUAGAAGUGAUGUGGUGGGAUUUGUGUAAAUCCUCUUUCAGCCUGUGAUGCUUUUAGAAGAUUAAAGGAAAUUCCAUUAUAUCUCGAUCCAGUGGUUAUCCUGCUGCUUUGUAGCUUGUCUGUGUUUCAAGUGAUAAAAUAAACAGUAGUUCAUUAGUUGUUUGUCCUGAAGCAUUUUGUUUAAAAUACUAGAUUAAUUUAAAGGUUGAAACAUGUUAAGUAUAUAUCUUCCAUUGCUGUAGUUAAUAAAAUGCUUUGUAUUAUUACUGAUUGAAUGAAUGUGGAGCCUAAGCUUAUUCUGUCCCUAUACAGUAUGCAUUGUGAGGAAUCACACAGUCCUAUGCAUAUACUGUCAACUACAUUCAAAAUGCAAUGCAGAAAUUAUUUGGCUGAGGGAUUGUUUAUGCUGUACAAUUUUACUCAUGAAUGUAGGGAAAAUAAAAACAAAUUAAAGAAAUGA